AUGCCGCCACUGAGUCAGCGGCCGAGCCCGGGGCAGAAGGAGCGGUUGAGCACGGACAGGGAGGAAAGUUCGAUACCGAUGGGGGGGAAGUUUGAGGGGAAGAAUUGGGUUUAUCCGAGUGAGCAGAUGUUUUUCAACGCCAUGCGCCGCAAAAACUGGACCCCGCAAGAGAAAGACAUGGGCGUCGUCAUCCCCAUCCACAACGCCGUCAACGAACAAUGCUGGCGUCAAAUCCUUCUGUGGGAAAAACUCCAUCAAACCUCCUGCGCCCAGCCCAAACUCGUCAAGUUCCAAGGCAAGCCCAAAGAAUACACGCCCAAAGCACGUAUACGCCAACUCAUGGGGUAUACAUUACCGUUCGAUCGGCAUGAUUGGACGGUGGAUCGAUGUGGGACGACGGUGGAGUAUGUUAUCGAUUUUUAUUCGGGAGCGCAGGAGGGGGGAGAGGGGAAGGCGAGCUUUUUCUUGGAUGUGAGGCCGAAGAUGUCGGUGGAGGGGGUGGUGGAUAGGUUUAGGAUGUGGUGGAGUACGGGGACGGGGUUGUGGUAG